AUGGCUAUUCAUAUAAUAUUACUCUUAACAGUAGCUGUUGUAAGUAGCUAUGGUAAGGAGGACAUCUACCUUGGCUGUAUUUAUCCUACUAGCAAUAAUUUCGCAGCUAUACGUGGCCAAGGUUAUGCAACUGCAGUUAAAAUUGCUGCAAAAUUGAUCAAUCAGAGAGAUGAUAUAUUGCCGGAUUAUAAUUUAAAAAUUCUCUUCAAGGAUUCUCAGUUGGCGUCUCGAUAUGCUGUUAAAAGUUUAGUUGAAUUAAUUAGCGAAAAAAAACAAAUCUUUGGCUUUCUUGGACCAGUUUCAUCGUCAUGCUGUGAAGGUACAGCAGCUGUGGCUCCAUUUUGGAAUCUGAUACAGAUCUCGAAUGGGUGUACGUCGGUUUCACUUGGUAACAAUAAACUUUAUCCGCUGUUCUAUCGAAUGACGCUAAAUGAUACAUCUUAUAAUGGUGUAUUGGUGGAUAUCUUCCAAAAAAUGAAUUGGACAAGCGCGGGAGUUAUUAAUUAUCAAGACUUUACCUUUACAAGUAUAACGGAAGAUUUAGUCGCACAAUUCAAGAAGGUUGGCAUUGACUAUGAUAUUCAAAGUUUCGCUAUUGAUCCCGUGGCUAGAGUUGAUAAGUUAAAGGAUGCCGAUACGCGAAUCUAUGUUCUCUAUGUCUAUCCUGCACAAGCCAUUAGAAUUAUAUGUAGGGCUUAUGAAUUAAAUAUGUUUGGACCUGGUCAUGUCUGGUUCUUACCAGAAUGGUAUGGUUCAUUGUGGUAUGAUAAUGAGAUUCAUGCGGUGAAUUGUUCUAGAAAUCAAAUUCGACAAACCUUAGAUGGCUCAUUUGGAUUACAACAAGUUUUUCUUUCGUCAGAUAAUUUGACGACUAUUUCAGGCUUGACACCACAACAGUAUGUGGAUCAGUAUUUGGCGAUAUCUCCAUCUAAACAAAUUCGCGAUGAGAAUACGUUGAGUUUUGAUUCCCUUUGGGCGUUUGCUCUUGCCCUGAAUCGAACUGAUGCAAUAUUGAGAGAAACUAACGAAAAUUUAACUCAAUUUACUUAUAAUGAUACAAGAAUAAGAAAUUUACUUUAUUCGUCGUUAUCUAAUCUUACUUUCGACGGAAUAAGUGGGAGAGUGGCGUUUGUUGAUGGUGAUAGGACAGGGGAUAUUGAAAUAAGCCAAUAUCAAGGUAAUAAAAGGAUAACGUUGUGCAGUGAUGCAGUACAUUUAAAUAAAAGAAUUUCGUCUGUUAAGCUUAACUGUGGCAAGGUACCUGUAGGUGCCAUAACUGUCGUAGUAUACAGCUUAACAGUGUCUAUUCCUGUCUUUAUUGUGUUUACUACUCUAUCAUUCAUUGGAAUACUUUCAGCGAUGUACUUCCUUUAUUUCAAUACCAGUAACAGGCAUAUUAGAGCAAUUAAGAUGUCCAGUCCAAACAUGAACAAUAUCCUGGUUCUAGGUUGCAUCUUAUGCUACGCUUCACUGAUAAUCUACGGCCUUGAUGCGGGUUUAGUGGAUUCGCAAGCGAUUUCACACAGCUGUAUCGCUUAUGGCUGGAUUUUAUGCUUUGGCUUUACUCUAUCAUUUGGUUCGUUGUUCUCUAAAACUUGGAGAGUUUAUAGAAUUUACUCAACUGGCUAUAAGAAAAAAAUAAUUAUAAGGGACAAAAGAUUGCUAUUGUGGAUAAUUGUUUUGGCUAUUAUUGAUACUUGCUUACUAUUGCUUUGGAUGUAUCUUGAUCCAGUUACAGUAAAAAUUGUCGAAUCUCAACCAAAGACAAAUCCAUUUGAAAAUCCUGACAUGAGAAUUCGUUAUAAGACUGUAAUAUGUUACAACAGUCAAAAAGCAAUAUGGCUGGGUAUAAUCUAUGGGUAUAAGUUUCUGUUCCUACUGUUUGGAGCUUUUUUGGCAUGGGAAACUCGUAACGUUCACAUACGCGAAUUAAAUGAUUCAAGAUAUAUUGGUAUGUCGGUGUAUAACGUUUUCGUCAUUUCAGCCAUUGGAGCCUUAUUAAACGAAUUUGUUGUUGCCACACCAACAGUCAAAUACGUAAUGAUUGCGAUUUUGACUUUGCUGGGUACAACUAUUACUCUAUGUUUGGUCUUUGUGCCCAAGGUAAAUUCUAAUUCAUCGCUGUUCAUAAUCUAA